AUGGAGCACAAAGGAGAGAGCGUCGCCCACGGCGCGCAAAACGGUGCCUUCACCAAUGGCACCCAGACAAAUGCCGCUCACACAAAUGGUGGCCGGACGAAUGGCUACCAUGAUCGAGAGAAAACAGUUCCCCAGGAGGUGGUGCGGUCCCCAGGGGCCCAAAAGUCGGAAAACAAGAAGACGUCAUCUAUCGAGACUCUGAUGCAGUUGCGCCGCGCUUCACAACGUCCUCUCCCUACGGAGAUGGGGGAUGGCUCGUACAGAAAUAUUCUCAAGCGACCAAGUCUGACGCAGGAUCUUAAAUCAUUCGGAUUGGCUGAUUUCAAAACCCUCAAAGACAUCGUCAAGGCAAAGCUGAAGGGAGAGACUCUGCAAGAUGACAAGACCAUGAUCAUGGAGCGCACCAUUCAAUUGGUCGCUACAAUGCCCAACAAAUCGAAGAGACAAGAAGCCUUGACCAAUUCCUUCAUUGACAAACUGUGGACCUCGUUGGAUCACCCGCCGUUGCUGUACAUGGGUGAAGAGUUCAAGUAUCGCCAGCCAGAUGGGUCCAACAAUAACCCAUUGAUGCCCAAGCUUGGGGCCGCGCGGACUCCGUACUCGCGCACUUGCAAGCCAGGACCGGCCAACAUGGGAGCACUGCCCGAUCCCGAGCUUAUUUAUGAGGCUGUCAUGGCCAGAGAUGGUUUCAAGAAAAACCCAAACAAUGUGUCCAGUAUCUUAUGGUACUGGGCGACUAUUGUGAUCCACGACUUGUUCUGGACCAACUCAAAGAACCCCAACCAAAACGACUCGUCAUCGUAUCUGGACCUGUCUCCUCUGUACGGCAAAAGCAAAGAGGACUGCGACUCGAUUCGAACCUUUACAGACGGCAAGCUGAAGCCAGAUACGUUCGCAGACCGACGACUGAUUGGGAACCCUCCCGGGGUGUGCAUCCUAAUCAUCAUGUUCAACCGCUUCCACAACUACGUGGCGACCAACCUGGCUGCCAUCAACGAGAGCAACCGAUUCGCAAAGCCUUCGCCGCGUCUGGAAGGUGACGAGCUUGCAGCUGCUUGGAAGAAGUAUGACGAGGACUUGUUCCAGACGGCUCGGCUUGUCACGUCAGGGCUGUACAUCAACAUUACCCUUGUCGACUACGUACGCAACAUCAUCAAUCUCAACAGAGUGGACACGCAGUGGACGUUGGAUCCGAGGCAAGAGAUGGGAGUCGCCAUGGGGACCUCCAAGGGCGCGGAAAGUGGCGUCGGCAAUGUCGUGUCUGCCGAGUUUAACUUGUGCUACAGAUGGCAUUCGUGCAUUUCUGAAAUGGACGACAGAUGGAUCCAAGACUUUCACAAGCGAAUUCUCGGCCAAGACUACGGGGUAAUGGACCUUCCGACUCUGAUUGCCGCCGUCAAGAAGUAUGAGACGACGGUCCCUGCAGACCCUUGUGAGCGCACAUUCGGUGGAUUUACUCGCGGGCCCGAUGGACGCUUCAACGACGACGAGCUCGUCAAUGCCUUGGCCACCGCAAUCGAGCAGCCCGGCGGUGCGUUUGGCGCUCAGAAUGUGCCUCGGAUCAUGAAGCCCGUCGAGAUACUGGGCAUCAUUCGCGGUCGCAAGUGGAAUCUAUGUGGCCUGAAUGAAUUCCGCAAGCACUUUGGACUCAAGCCGUACGACACGUUUGAGGACAUCAACUCAGACCCCGGCGUCGCCGACGCGCUGCGGAACCUGUACCAGCAUCCUGACCAUGUCGAACUGUACCCCGGCAUCGUGGCCGAAGAAGCCAAGGCGCCCAUGGUCCCGGGCGUAGGGAUUGCUCCCACCUACACCAUCUCCAGAGUCGUGCUUUCUGACGCCGUCUCGCUGGUCCGUGGCGACAGACACUACACCACCGACUACCACCCGGGCUACCUGACGCAAUGGGGGUUCAACGAAGCCAACUAUGAUUUGGACAUCAACAACGGUUGCGUCUUCUACAAGCUGUUCAUCCGUGCGUUCCCCGACCACUUCAGGUACAACUCGGUCUACGCGCACUAUCCCAUGGUGACGCCGAAUGAGAACCGCAAGAUUCUCGCCGACUUGAAGCGCGCGCAACACUUUGACUUUGGGAGACCGGAACCGCUCCCCCCACGGAUCAGUCUGACUUCGUACGGCGCAGCCAAGCACGUCCUGUCCAACCCGGACAGGUACAAGGUUGCAUGCGAAGAAGCCCUCCGGUUCCUCGUGGGGUCGGCCGGCACCAAACCCAUGCUCUCUGGCGAUGACGCCGCUCACGCAGAGCAGCGCAAGCUCAUGCAUUCUCUUCUAUACAAGGACGGCUGGAGGGCUUCAAUUCAGCGUUUCUACGCCACGACUACGGAGCGGCUACUUGCCGAGAAGUCUUGCAAGAUUGCCGGAAAGAUGCAAGUUGACGUGGUGCGCGAUGUCGGGAACCUUGUCCACACACAUUUCGCCGCAAGGAUGUUCAAUCUGCCCCUGAAGUCGACCGAGAAUCCCAGGGGCGUCUUCUCGGAGCAGGAGCUGUAUGAGGCUCUGGCGAUCCUGUUCACCUGCAUCUUUUUGGACUUUGACCCCGUCAAGUCGUUUCCACUCCGGCAGAGGGCGAAAGACGUCACCGAGCAUCUGGUCAAGGUGGUGGAGACGAAUGUGAAAUUGACCAAGGCUCUGGGCAUCCGAGGUCUGUACACCGGCCCUGCCCCCAAGGGCGACGACGUGUCUCAAUACGGCGUCGGUCUCAUAAAGGGCUUGUCCAAGGCCGGCCUCGGCGCGCAUGAUAUUGUGUGCAGUCAUAUCCUGCCAUUUGCCGGCGCCAUGGUCCCUGUCCAAGCCCAGGUGUUUGCCCAAGCCGUGGACUGGUACCUCUCCCCCGAAGGUCAGCAGCACGUUCCCGAACUGCACCGCCUGGCCGUCGCGGAGUCCGGCCCGGAAAACGAUGGCCUCCUCCUCGGCUACGCCAUGGAGGGUGUCCGCCUGGCGGGUGCGUCGGGCGUCUUCCGCCGAGCGGCGGCGGCGGACGUCAUCAGGGAGGACGACGGGAGAGAGGUGCGUGUCGAAGCGGGCGACCGCGUCUCGGUGUCGCUCAUGUCGGGGGCCCGCGACGAGGCACACUUUCCAGAAGCGAACAAGGUCAACCCCCGACGCCCGACGGACAGCUACGUGCACUUUGGCGCCGGCCCGCACGCCUGCCUGGGCCAGGAAGUCGGCCAGGUUGCCCUGGUGGAGCUGUUCCGUGCGCUGUUUAGAAAGAAGGGACUGAGGCGAGUCCCUGGGCCGCUGGGCGAACUGAAGAAGGUUCCUCAGCCGGGGGGUUUCUCUCUGUACUUGACGGAGGAUUGGGGCGGCGCUUCGCCGUUCCCGACGAGCAUGAAGGUUUCUUGGGAUGAGUAG